CAUUUAUAUCUCUUAUUGAACUAAAUCCUAUAUACAUAUGCAAAGGACAAUCCAGUCGGACAAAGUCGUUAAGGUGUAUAUAUGAGGAUAUAAAAUCGCAUUUCAAAGAAUAUCUCAUCUCCUAGUCGUACAUUGAUCCCAAACAGAUUUACGAAUCUGAACAAAACCCCUUUCUUUAACAAUUUUAAACACCAUUCCGUUUUGUAUCAGUAAAACAGAUUAUUCGGACUUUAACCAAGAAUCGAUACGCGGAUAUUGGAAGUAAACGCAAGAUCCAGCUGGGAGCAUGACGAUAACUUCGGAGGUUUUUUAAUGAAAUGUCUUUACUGACUAAUAUUGUUCCCAGCGGAUAAGAUUGAGCUGUUCAAUUUACCAAUGGUGAUUUCGAACUUUAUUUUCCCUCCUCUGAAACCUUUGAUUUGAUGCGCUCUCCAAGGAAGAAAAAUUAUGUCCCUUGAUUUUGAUCUCGAUCUAUUUGAUUUUGUCAUUAAACUUUUGACUGCAAAACUGGAUAUUUGAAAUCUUUCACGCCGGGUGUUAUCCUAUGUUGUUCACAUUGGUUGUCUAUUUCUACAGGAUAUAUGGAGCAAAGUACCACCCGAGGACUUCUCAUAUUGAGCAGGUUAUUGCCAUGUGCUCUGCCGCAAUCAGUCAACGUCACACACCCUAGUCUCGCCUAAAUCUCUUGAACGAGCCACAGUCUGUCCUCAGAAGGCCAAACCCGACAUAUCCUCCAUGAUUCCACCCCAAAUCCUAUCUCAAGACUUCCUCAUCAUAAUUCCGGAUUAACUCAGUCGAUUAGAAUGAGGAAAGCAAUAUCAUAUGCCAAUAUCUAUUUAUAAGUGUUCAAGUGUAUUUUUAUAUCAUAAUAAGGAAGAUCCAAAAUAACUAGCUCGGUAGUAUACGCCAAUUGGACUAUGUACAAGAUUUCAUGGACAAUCAUAUAUAAGCAACAAGCCAUGUUUGUUUACUGCGAUUUUUGCACGAAUGAGAGAUUACGGAUUCAAACGUGCAUCAGUGUUCCUAUCAGCGGCAGACUUUGUCCGUUUGUUUAUCUAGGGAGUCAGUAAGAAGAUAAAAAGAAGACGGCGACAGAUACGACCAGCGACAUCUCCAGCACUACACCUAAACAACCGAUAGAUGGAUGACCUCUAAUUCACCGUCGUAUUUACGCUUCUAGCAUCCAGUGUAUUUAAUGGUGAAAUUAGACAUUUCUUCUUUCGGAUAAUUAAGCGCUGUAAUUGAGUUUUCCAUGUUAGGAAGACAGGUUUCAUUCAGCUUUAGGCUUAAAUCAUCACAAUUGUAACGUUUACUGACAAGUCAAAAUGUCGGCUGAAUACAGUAUAAAAUCCGAAACCACCUCCUGUAAGGACUUAAACGAUAUUUCCAGGAUUCACGAGAGCGCCUUUGAGACUUGCAGUGGACUAUGUAACAGUACCCAUCUGAAUAAUACCGUCUGCACAGACCAUUGUAAGGUUGUCCACUCAUCAAACAAGGACGAAAGCGAGGCUCGGUGUUCGCUUCACAAGGAACAACCCAUCAUUGCAUUUUGUAGCAACUGUGAAAUACUGGCUUGUGAUAUUUGUUGGAAAGAGCAACACUGCAACCAUGAACAAGCAGACUUAAAGAGAGUAGCCUAUGAACUCCGAAUUCAGCUAGCACAGAAAGUAAAUUAUGUGCGCAAGUCCAUUAUUCCCCAAUUGACCAAGACUUCCGAGGAUAUCCGAAUAAAUCUAGAAGAUUACAUGAAGCAUGACGCCUAUUUGCGUCUAGAAAUUACUGAUAGAACGAAACAUCUAAUGUCACAACUUGAAAUGACGGGUGAGGCUAUCCUGAAAAAUUUGCAAGAGCGAGAAAAUGACGACAUUAUUUUGUUGGAAUCUUCUGCCUCUGCAGUGAGAGAAGAACUGGAGCAUGCUUACGCACUACUUUCUGCUUGUGAUAACGAGAUUAAAGGAGAGCACGACAGACUUUUCAUACAGUUCUCCAAAGAAGUUAACCAUAAGUUUGCUAAUAUGAACAGUUGGAAGCCUUUUAAGCCAAUUCGUCCUCCGACAUUUGUGUCAACUGCUGUAGACAGAAAUUCCAUAGAAACACUUUACGGAUACCUGCAGCAGGACAACGAUAUUGUUCCUAUGGAGAUGGGAAAAAAUCCCAAAAAUACGACUCACGCUUCCGAUCACGUCAGAGUAGUUAUAGGCAAAGUGUCGACCUUGACACUCACAAACAACGACGCAGCAUAUUGCAUUCGGACGUUACCCGACGGACACGCAUGGGUUGGCACAGGAGCGCAAUCGGUACGUCUAGUGAACAACAAAGGUGAAGUACUGGAUGAAGUGUUCUUAGAUUUCUACCCAUAUAACCUGACAAUCCUGAAUGACUUGUUACUUCUAUCUAAUGGGCAGUCAAUAAAUGCAAUCAACAAUGGUGAAAUGUCGGACUUUUACAAUGCUGCACCGUUUUACGCGCAAGGAAUAUGCAGAACGAAGAAAAACGACAUUCUUGUGUGCUUGGCAAAACGAGACGAAGGAAAAAUUCUUCGUUUAGAUAGCUCGGGAAACACUCUGCAAAAAAUUCAAUUUGAUGAUGACGGAAAAGCUCUUUAUAAAAGCCCUACGAAGGUCUCUGAAAGUCCGUGUAAUGGCGAUAUUUGCGUGGCGGAUUCAGCUGAAAACAGCGUCAUUGUUGUGGACGAAACCGGAAGUAUACGUUUCACGUAUCGCGGAUUAGAAGGCGAUACAUUUUCGCCAUUCUACGUCACUUAUGAUUCCUACGGAAACAUUCUGAUUGGCGAUAACAGCCACUUCCGGAUUCAUCUCGUUGAUAAAGAUGGCGUCUUCCUGCAGUAUCUACUGACGCUAGAGGACGGACUUUAUUCACCCUGGGGUCUGGACGUGGAUGAAAACAAUAAUCUUUGGGUCGGAACCCUGUCUAGUAAAAUCUGGAUCGUGGAAUAUAUCGGCGACUAGGAUCAAAAGCAAAACCUGGAUUGUGGAAUAUACAUUGUACAUGUAUUGGGGAGUAUGAACAAUACCAAACUUUGGAUUGUGAGAUACCAUAUAUAGACGAAUAGGAACAACGGCAAAUAUCUGACAGAAAAAUGUGCGUCGUGGAAUAUACCUAUGGAUGAUAGCAAAAGCGAAGUCUGGAUUGUGGGAAAUAUAGGCGAACAGAAACAACAGAAAAAGAGGGAACGCAGAAUACAUCGGUGACUCGUGACAAUAGCAAAAUCUGGAUCGUGGAAUAAGUAUGGAUUGUGAAAAAUACAAGUAUCAGCUUAUAUAGACAAUAUUCCAAUGCUGGAUCGUGAAAUAUAUCUGCAAAUAUGGACAAUAGUAAAAUCAAAAACAGGAUUUAAUUACAAUAGAUAAUAGAAAUGUUUGCUAAAACACGGAUUGCGUAAUAUAUCUGUUGAUGGUGGAAUAUACAUGUGUAAAGUAGUUAUAUUUAAGCAGGCACGUAGCAUCGUUUUUCAAACUGGGUAGGGGCAGUCGGAGAAGAGGCUAAGUUCACAAUAACCUAAAAAUUGUUGACAAGCGAUAAACACGCAUGCACACGAAAAGAAAGCGGAAAAACCUAACGCGGUAGUUUUGUCCAGAUUUCAAAAUCCUAAAGGGGAUAUACGGUGGUACUUCAUCGCUUCCAUUCUUACAUUUCCACUAACAUUCGCUACUGUUAUCAUUUUUCAUUGAGGGGGGGGGGGGGGGGGCAAUCAGCCAAAAUAUCUUACUGUGACACUUCUGUGAUAUCUUUGCAUUUAAAAACGCUGUCAAGAAAGUGUAUGGGGGAGCUCUCUCCACCCAUCCCUGUUGCUACGUGCCUGUUAAGAACUGACGAUAUGUCAAAUAUGGAUUACUACUAGCAAUGGUAGAAAGUCCCGUAUCCCAGUCCCAUCUCUACAUCGUUAACAAUGUUUGCAAUUCUGACAAAGCAUUAAUGAGGCUAAUUAUUUGU